AUGAAGCUCCCCAUCGCAUUGCUGGCCAUGGUGGCCGUGCUCAGUAACGCGGCGGUUAUAGUGCCACGAGAACCGGCUCCUCGCACUACCCUUAACGAAGCGUUGGCCCAGCUGCUCGAGAACAUCCGUGAGCUGCUGCGAACCGGCGAUCCCGAACGUGGCCUUCCGGUGUUGGCCCCGCUCCAAACAGAUCGUCUCGAUGUCGAUCUCAGUUUGGGUGGAUUGCUGGACUUCACGGCUAUUCUGAACAAUCUGUAUCUGGACGGGCUAGACCGAUUCCAGGGAACGCUCACGCUGAACGUAAUGUUGAUGGAGUUCACGUACGAUUUUCUGUUCCCCGAUCUUCUUGCCCGCGGUCAGUACGACGCUGAUGGUAGACUGUUCGGGCUCAUCCCGGUAUUCGGAUUCGGCAACUUCAACGUUCAACCGCGCAAUCUGCGUAUCCAGGGUACGGCUCAGAUACGUCAGCUCCCCAGCGGUUAUCUACAUAUGACCGAGCUGAAAGCCAACGUACGGCUUGACUCGCUGCAGAACAACAUCGAAGGAAUGCUACUUGGAGGCGAACUGUCCGAUUUACUCAACGCGGUCAUCCAGGAUCUGGUUCCGUCGGUGUUGGUUAAUUUUGCACCGGAAGUAACGGACAUCAUCUCGAGAGUCGGCAUACCGAUCGCCGAUUCCAUUUUGAACACGAUGACGCUGGACGAUCUUUUCGCGCCCCGUGCCAGCGGUUGCAGUGCAGAUAGGUCAGACAAGGUGUCAACUAAAGCCACAACAAACACCGGACUAGAGUGUCCCCUAGUUUACCUGAGAAUUCGAAGCGAAGUAAUCAUGAAGUGUGUGCUAGUGGCUUGCGCCUUGCUGGCGACGGUUGGCACGAUUGUGGCCACCGAACCGACGACAACGACUGACCUCGAGGUGGCGGCACGCAACGAUAAGCUCAGCCAGGCCGUGAUCGAUUUCCUGGAGAACAUCAAGCAAUCGAUGCCGUGUGGCAUUCCGGACCUGGGUAUCCCAGUGUUGGCACCAUUCGAGCUGGAUCAUCUGGAGUUUGACGUGGAUGAGAAGGGACUAAGCUUCAAAGGCGAACUAAACAAAGUCGUGGUCGACGGUUUGAAUGAGUUCGAAAUCAGAAAGGUUGAGAUCAAGGCACUGAAGUUGCAGCUAGAUUUUGCGUUCUUCUUCGACUCGAUCCGCAGUGCCGGCAAGUAUGCGGCCAAGGGUAAGGCGCUCGGUUUCAUUCCCUUCAAGCGCUCCGGCCCGUUCAAGUUCAACGUGAAUGGACUCGCUGUGAAUGGCACGGUUAAGGUGCAGCUUAAGGGAGACAAGGUGCAGAUCCGCGAUCUGCGUAUCGUGACAACGAUCAAGUCGGUCAAAUCCGACUUCAAGAAGCUGCUGCCGUCGCGCUUGCAGACGAUCAUUGUGAACAAGAUCAUCGAAUCGGCGGUGCCACGUAUCAUCAACGACAACCAGGAAGCCAUUACCGAUAAGAUCGAGAACAGCGUUAAGCCAGCAAUCAACGAAUUGCUGGGAGAGCUGACGCUCCAGGAUCUGAUCGAUGCCACGUCGGGCGAAGGAGGUUCAUCCCUGCCCGUCACAUGCUAGUGGACUGGUAUACAUAUGGUUAGUCGUCAAAGAUCUGCUUAAGACCUCAUCUGGAUAUUCUAGGUGAAUUGUUGUAAUUUGCUUCCAUUCGGUUGUUUGCUGUUGUGGCCAAACGUCAAAUUGGUUCAACGAGAAUACAAAAGACUUAUUAAACUACAAUCGGUAAUUCAGUUGGGCGCACAGAGA